AUGAGUACCAUCAACGUUGAAGGAGGUUUAGGCAAUGAAACUAUUGAAAUUGGUCUAUGGCAUACUAAUAAAGAGAAUGAAAGAGAAAACAUUACACAAGUUAUUUUGAUUGGUGAUGCACCUCCUAAUACCAAGACUGAAAUAGAUGAUAAAAGAAAAUGUCAUGGAGAAGAUUACUGGAAAAAAACUAAAUGUGCACAACCAACAUAUUAUGAAGAUGAGUUAGCAAAGCUAACAUCAUAUAAGAUACCAGUACAUGCCUUUUUUGUAGAUAAUAGAGCAGAACAAAGUUUUCAACAGAUUGCUUAG